AUGUCGGACUCUGAAUCUUCGUCAUCAUUGUGGGAGUCCGAGAAUGAGUUCUCGGAUGACUUGGGCGUUCGUCCGUAUAUCUUCGACCCACAGCUAGGAUCAGACGAAGAAUCAGGGGAUGCCCAAGAACACGCCGCCGUCGGACGACGUGUGGAAGAAUUCGACUGGUGCUCCUGUGGUAACUGUAUGCAAAUGGAAGAUGAGAUAUCCUCUGUUUGCUGCAAUGAACAAGGCAGAGUGCAAGAUGUUAUGGAAGAUGCAAAUGUGCUGUGCAUCACAUACCACCACCUCUUCCACAAGCACUGCCUUGAUGCAGAUACAAUUGAUCUAGAGAAAAUAAAAAUGUUGGGCACAGACAGCAACUCCUUGGGAGGCCGCAGAAGAAACAAGGCAAAAAGGUAUAUUGCGUACCGGCAAUUUAUAUUUUGGAUCUACCACCGCCUAGGGGAGGGAAACAGGGUUGUUAUUCCAAGUUGUGCAAUCCGAAGAAUUCGUGACGAGUUCCCAUCUGAAGACGGCGACUACACUGGAUUCCGCCAUGCACAACACUAG